AUGGUGAUAGUGAUGGAAACUGCGAAAAAGGCAUUACAGUUUUCGGGUUUGGAUGAAGAGAACAGUGCAAUUGGGUGUUCUAAUGGGUUGAAGGUGAAUUUUAUUUUCUCUGACUAUUCCAUGCCGGAAGUUAUUGGAUAUGAUCUGCUGAAAAAGAUUAAGAAUCAAGCAAGAAUAUGGCUCGGAGAAGUUUUGCAGAUAAGAUUUGAUGAGCAGAUAGACAUCCCAGACUUACUUGCAGACGGGGAGUUGAUUUCUAAGAUACUUAAUUGUCCUCCCAUAAAACCAACAAAAAUUAAUGCAACUGUCCAGAUUGUUGCUUCUACUUUUAGUAUUCCUCUUAGCUUUGUAUUCAUAUCAGAGACUAGUACAUAUAAGGUUCCAAAUUCAUCACUAACUGCAGCAUCAGCAAGUUCUGAUAUUUACGGUGUUGCAGUUCUAGAUGCUUGGGCAAACAGCCAGCCGUUGCUGCUCUUAAUGGCUCCAACAGCAAUGCAGUCAAAAAAGGCCGAGGAGGCGGACAAUUUCAGAACCAACUUGUUAGCAGGCCUUAAUUUUUCAGGAAGAAACGAGUCCUGA